CUGCACCAAACUUCCUUACAAGAUGGUGCUACCAUUUCUUGUGCCAUGGGGAGAUGGACAAGGAUGUUGGUGUACUCGAAGUCACUGAUCAGGAUAUUAAAAAUCUGAUUACAGAGGUGGAAAAUGCAGAAGGUGGAGAAAGGCUGAUAGACUUAUCAGAUGCGAUUGUGGCAUGUGGCUACACUGGGCCAAUAAAUGUUGACCAAAAAAAGGCCAUCACAGAUGCCAUCGCUUUGCAUGCACUGGUGAGGCUGAUCCCGAUCUUGAACCAGCUGCGUGAGGGAUUGAGGCUCUACGGAUUAGAUGAGGUGUUAGCACAGCACACCCAGAUGUGCCAGCAGCUCUUUGUCCCCGGUCACUUACAGGAAGUGAAUGUAGACUUCCUUCUGCUUGCGCUGUCUCCUGAUUUCAGUGAGGAAGGGUCUGUGAGACGGCAGCGAGAGAUGCAGAUCAUACAUUUUCUGCAGGAUUUCUUGCAAAAGUUGGAAGACAGAGAAGCAGACAGCCAAGAAGAGGGCAGCCCUGAAGGUCAAAGUCACGUGGCAGCUGUGCACGGAACAAAUGGUGGGGGGAAGCGCCUGUCAGUCCGGCGCUUCCUUCAGUGGGUCACAGGUCAGGCACAUGUUCCACUGAUCGAAUCCAAGAGAAAGGCACUUAAGAUAACUGUUAAUUUUGAUCAUGACUGCGACUCCCGCUAUGGGGCACAUAGCGUGUGUUACCCCAUUGUCAAUGCUUGUGCUGUUGCCAUUACAUUUCCUACACGCCACUUAGCCACCUCCCAAGAGUUUGAAAACAACCUAACCGAGGCAAUCUGUGGUGGUUACGAGUUCAGCAGACACUAAAGUAGCAUUUUAAGGUCCUUGUUACUUGUUUUAGUUACUUGGUUUC